AUGGAGGAUAGGGUAGUAUUCACGGACAAAGGUGUUAAGAAUGAGGCAGAGGAGGCAACGUUGGGGGGUGAGAGCCGGGGUGAUAAUACUCGUAAGGUUUAACGGUAGUGCUGGGACUCGGUUUUCUCUUCGGACGCACAGCCAGCGGGAAGGCACGGCUGGCCAGAGGGACUGGAGAAAUCUGAGGAGAGGGAGGAAACCUCUCCAUAUGAUAGUUGCGCUGUCGACGCCAAGACUAAGGUUGUUUGCUACGAGAAGGAAUCGCCUUCUUUCGUCGGAAUUCGUGGGGGAUCCAUGAUGGAAGGUGGAAUUGCCAAGAAACUAGGUUACAAGGCUUACUAA